ACUUGAUUGUGAUGUGAGCAAGAGGAAGAUCCAGUCUGGAAGAGUUUCAGUUGCAGAUAUUUUGCAUAAUGCUUCCUAAAAACUGAGCCAUUUACUGAUCUGGUUGGUGUGGAUGUUCUCACAAUCGUUAUUGUUUGUAGUUUUCUUAUCGCGUAUCGGUGCUGUUUCCCAGGUGUAACUUUCACAGAGAAUGCAUUGCAUGAUUAGAUCUUUGCGACCGAGAGCUCAUAUUAUCGGACCGCUAUUGUUUACACUCACACACAAGAACGGUUGUGGUUUAACAAUGCGGCAAUGCAUCUACCUGGUUCUGUAGGCCUAACAACGCAUGGUCGAUGGACCAAGCAUUAAAAUAGACAGAAUCAACGGGUUUCAUAAGCCGACACUCGCAAAGAAGUAAUAUAAAAUGACCAUACUAGAUCCAUCUCAAUUGUGACUUGCUAUACGAAACAGUUGCUGUAGCGCGUUCGCUCUGAUACUAACAUGGCCCCGGCGCCAUACUAGCAGUUAGCUGGAAAUGCUAAGGUGAGCUAGCUUCCACCGGCUGGUUAGACGAAACCUUAGUUAUAUCACUCACCGUUCGCUCGUUUCAGAGCAUUCUCUGGGCGUUGGAAAUACGCCGGCAUCCUGGUGGUUUUUAAGAGACAACCAAACUGUCCUUGUUUUCGUUAUGUAGUCAGAUAUCAACUACAGUCCAUCCAGAGCAUGCAGCUUCAGCCUCCGCGCUGACUGUAAGGGAAGGAGCUCGUGAGUGGUUGACGUAGGACAACGAAGCACUUCCGGGCCACCAAUGCGAGGGUCACCCAGCACAGGCAUGUUUCAGAUUAAAAGUAUCACAUACAGGAACCAACUGAGUAAACGACCCAUUGUUACAUUUGCAAGAAGCUAUGUGUAGCACCGAGGAAUUUAAUAAGUUAUUCACUUCAGUCUUUAGCUAUAUAUUACUGCUACCGUACUGUACUUAAAAUAUGCUUGUUGGUGUGAGAAGGACAACUCAGAUUUUAAAAGCCAAUGUGAUUAAAGUCUAAUAAUGUGUUUGUUGUAUUAUUCUUUAUUUUAAACGACAUAAUGGCAAGUCAAUUUUAACUCAUGACAUCGUAGGCAAACCACCGUACAGCUAGUGGAUAAAUAUACACUCAACCACCAGUUUGCAAUAUUUUCUGUGUCAUUACUUUUGACGGAUAGUGUUGAGAUUCAUUUUGUUUGUCACUUGUAUUUUUCUUUGAAAUAUUCGCGUAAUGUCCAGUAUGUACUUGAACGCAGCACAUGCCUUUUCUGAUUGGACACGAACAAGCACAUGACCUACCGUCCCGGAAGAAGGCAACAUUUUCUUCCAUCCUGACAGCUAAGUUAUCCAUCCAAGUAAACAGCUCAAUAGCAUCUUAUGCGUGGGUGUGAUCUCUUCUGCAGCACAUUUAAAGCCCGUGGCGUCCACAGAGGUAUGGAACAUGGCAGCUACUGAAACACAACUCAUGUUAAGUGUCGGCCUGAUCGAAAAGGAUGUGAAUGGAGACACCUUGUGGGUUUGGUGUUACCCUUCUGUGGGACCAGACCUGAGGGAGGUCCUGCUCAGAAAGUGCUGUCUGAUCCAAGGAGGAGGACAUUUCCACACCUUUGUGUUCGGCCAGUUUUGUCGUACCUGGUAUUAUAUCACUACACUUGAAGUUCAAGAACCUACCGCCCUGACCAAGGUCACUCACUUUUCACUAGUUAUUACGUCAAAAGACUUCAACCCUGAGAAGUACGCUGCCCUGAGUCGGAUACUAUGCCGGACAUACAUGAAACACGGGAGCCCGGUGAACAUGAUGGAGGCGUACAUGGCCGUCCUCACCAAAGGCAUCUGCCAGAGUGAUGAGAACGGCUCCUUCGUCAUCCGGGACUACGAUGUCAGGAAGGCCUACUUGGCUGGAUCAGUCAAAGAUGUGGUUUCUCAGUUUGGUCUGGAGACCAUUAUCCUCUACACCGCUCUCAUGCUGAAGAAGAGGAUUGUGGUUCACCAUCCCCGCAUUGAGGCCCUGCUGGAGUUCACCAGAGUUCUCCCAGCUCUGACGUGGCACAGGAAGGACUGGUCCAUCCUGCACCCGUACGUCCACCUGACAGACCCUGAGCUGGAGGAUCUGAGGAAAGUCCCCGGGUACAUAGCAGGAUUUGUGGACCCAGAAGUGGGCAACAGAUCGGACUUGUUCGAUGUUUAUGUGAACCUCCCGGACAGUGUCAUCACAGUCUCCCAGAGCGCCAAAGAGGCCAUGAGCAUGGGGAAGCUUCACAAGGACAUCGGUCACCUCAUCGUCCAGUCCGCUGAAGACCCGGAGAAGUCGGACAGCCAGGUCAUCAAGGACAUCUCCGUGAAGACAAAGGAGAUUCUGGCGAACCUGCUGGCUCUGGCCCAAGAGUGUGAGGGCUCCAAACUCACUCUGGACAGCCUGAAGAAGCGCCACUUCCCUCCGCCCACAGAGAACUUCCUGUUCCACCUGGCAGCCGCCGAGCAGCUCUUACUCAUCUGAGACACUUCCCUUGUCAGAGGUCAGGACCCUCUGUGACCUCCAGCCAAGGUCACACGUGACAAAAUUUCCAUUCACACUGAAACAAGUGAGAUGGAAACCACACGCACAGGAGAACAACACAUAUCUUAAGUAAAGAGAUGAUGAACACAUGAAAGGUACAGACAAUGUGGAAAGGUCAGAAACAAAAUGAAAUUGAAAUAAAACCAGGUGCUGUCUGCCCAUUUGAGUCAUGACUGGUCACCGGAGCAACGGAUUCUCCUUUAUCAACCUGUUUUGUGCCAACAUAUAAAUGAAAUAGAAGAAACCACAACUCAAUGGGUUUAUUUCAGGAAAGACUCAUUUUCCUCGGGCAGAGUGGAGAACAGACAGCAGACUGGAGUGGCACAGCUCCAGUCACCACAGACUUUUGUAACUCAGACAGACUUUGUGUGUGUGAUAUUAACUGAAUAACAGACGUGUAUUUAUAGCAGCUGGCACCCAGCGCCUCACAGAUAUGCUGUAUUUUCAUGAUCCUCUCUAAAUGUUUCAUAUUGUACUGAAAUAAACCUGUGUGGGCUUCA